AUGGACGAUUUAGGCAUUUAUUUUAUUACUGAUGAUGAUGAUGAAAACUUAGAAAUAAAACAAGAAGAUGUAAUGGGUAAGGAAGAAACAAAGAAAGAGGAGGUGAAAAACGAAGAAGAAACAAAAAACGAAGAAAUAAAGAUAGGAGAAACGAAAAAAGAAGAAACAAAGAAAGAAGAAACAAAGAAAGAAGAAACAAAGAAAGAAGAAACAAGUGAGUGUGGUAAAGAGAAGGACCAAGGUGACGAUUGUGUAAUAGAUAGAACACAAUCACCAAUUAUUAGUUGCAUGAAAGAUGAACCAAAGGAUGUAAGUGAUGUUGAAGAGGAUGUUACUUCUGAUGAUGAAGGUAACUCUUAUUGGCAAACCAUUAGUAAUGAAGAUUUAGAAGCAACUUGGAAGGAUGCAAUGGAAAAAAUUAGUCCGUCAGUACUUAGUUAUCUAAUGGGAAGUUAUAGAAGCCCAUCACCAAUUAAAAAAGAAUUCUUGAAUUGUAUUGAUGAAAAGAAAUACUUGUCAUUUAUGAAGUUUCAAGACUAUUGUAAAUAUUUAGACCAAUCUCCUGCAGAUCCUAAUGAAUUUACUGAAGAAAAAAUGGGGGUGUCAAUGUGCAUUACUGAAAAUGAAAAAUAUAUUAAAAGAAAAAAAGAAGAAAGGAAACAAGAAUUACUAAAACAGUAUACACAAUGGAUUAAUGAAAACCAAAAAGAUGUCAUGGGGUUAACUGGAUGGAAAAUUUUUGAAAGUAGAAAAUAUAAGUCUGAGCCUAAAUACUCAGAAUAUAAAAGAUAUUUAAAUUAUACCUUUCUUAAUGAUAAACGAACUUCUGAACUUAAAAAAAGUCGAUGUAUUGGUGAGAUGGAUCAAACUGUUUCUUCACCUAACUUAAAUAUAAGUACUACAAGUCUCAACAACAGACAAGUCACUACAUCUUUUCCUAAAACAAAUACUGUAACUAUUACUAAUAAUUCUACUAUUCACACAAACCCAAACCCAACUACUUUUACUUAUUCUAUUCCACCACCAAUACCCAAAACAAAUCCAGUACCUAGUACAACUACUCUACCAACUCAACCACAAACAACCUCUUUUCAAAAUAAUAUUACUUCAGUCCCUAAACCAGAAACAAUUCAUACUACAACUACAUUACAAUAUCAAAUACCACCACCACCGCCACCAGCUUCUCACUCUAGUACUAAUAAUUCUAAAUUCAGUAACAAACUUCGUUCAUUUAGUACUCAACUAACACAAGAACAGGCAAAUACUCUUGCUGAAAAAUUCACAAGUUCAAUACCAGGAGUUGAUCCAAUGUAUUACUUAAAUACAUUUGGACUUUUUUUUAAAAAUUACAUUAACUCUUAUGAACCAUUAUUGAAUAUGCUUAAAGAAAUGAAUUCAAAAGGUUUAUUAAAUAAAAAGUAUAAUAGUACUAUUCAAGAAGUAUUAAAUAAAGGUGCUUCUUUGGAUCAAGUUGUUUCAUUGGUUCAAAAAGAAGUUAAUUUAAAUAAUAAAUAUAAGGAACAAAGUAGUCCAGGUGAUAGUUUUAUUAAUGAAAUUAAAAAUAUGGGUAUUCAAAGGCAAAAAGCAAGUAUGGUACGUGCACUUAAUCCACCAAGUGAAGAAAUUAAAGUAAAGUACCAACAAAUUGUUGAUGAAUUAUUGAAAAUGCCUUAUUUUUUGGAACGAUUUUCUCUUGACGAUGUUGCUGACACUUUCCGUCCACUUUUUCAGUACAACGUUGAUUCACCACAACUUAUAAUAGACUUUUUUAAAGGGUUAUUAGCCAGUCAUAAAAAAAUAGUUCAGUUAGGGAGCGUUGAAUUAAAACAAAAAAUUGAAAGUUGUAAUGGAAAUAUUGCAAAUAUAAAAGAAGUUACUGACUCGUUUUUGUGGAGGUUUGAAGAAUAA